AUGGCCAGAGAAUCGAAUCUAAUCAAGAUUGUUGGAAAAUCUAACUAUGAAAAGUUAAGGUCAUUUAAAUGUCUCAUAGUCGGUGCUGGUGGUAUAGGCUGCGAGCUCCUGAAAGACUGUAUAUUGAUGGAAUUUGGUGAGAUACACAUUGUUGAUUUGGACACUAUCGAUUUGUCCAACCUGAACAGACAAUUUCUUUUUAGACAACGUGAUAUUAAAAGGCCAAAAUCGACUGUUGCUGUGAACGCGGUUCAAUAUUUUAACAACUCAAAAUUAGUACCAUAUCAAGGGAACGUUAUGGACAAUGCACAAUUUCCGUUAAACUGGUUUAAACAAUUUGAUAUCAUUUUCAAUGGGCUGGAUAAUUUAGCCGCAAGACGCUACGUAAAUAAGAUGUCCCAGUUCUUAUCGACUCCGCUAAUUGAAUCUGGUACAUCGGGGUUCGAUGGUUACAUUCAGCCAAUAAUUCCAGGCAAAACAGAAUGUUUUGAUUGCACUAAAAAAGAAACUCAAAAAACUUUUCCUGUGUGUACCAUAAGAUCAACACCUUCACAAUCUAUACAUUGCAUCGCAUGGGCCAAGAAUUUUUUAUUUGGCCAACUGUUCACUUUUGAUAACGAUUCUGAGAAUGACAAUGGCAAUGAUUGGGGUACGGAUGAUCAGGCGGAAAUUGAGCGAAUCAAACAAGAAACAGGCGAGCUAAGUGCAUUAAAAAAUAUCAUUACAGCACAGGAUGAAUCCAGAAUAGAACAAAUUUUAAAAAAGUUAUUUGUAGAUGAUAUUGAAAAGCUACUACAAAUUGAAAACCUCUGGAAAACGAGAACUAAACCAGUUCCAUUAAGUAUAUUGAUAAUCGAAAAAGCGCUACAUAACAAUUCAGGUGCGCAUCUUAAUGAAAACUCCUUGUGGACAAUUGAAGAGCAGGUCAAUAAAUUUAUUCAAAGCAUCAAGUCGCUAAUGCUCAGGUUAAAGAAAGAAAAAAUUGAUAUCGAAUUCCAUAAAGAUGAUAAAGAUACUUUAGAGUUUGUGGCAACAGCAGCAAAUAUCAGAUCAUUUAUCUUCAACAUCCCGAUGAAAACGCUAUUUGAUAUCAAACAAAUAGCUGGAAAUAUUAUUCCAGCAAUUGCCACUACAAAUGCUAUAAUAGCAGGUUUGUCGACUUUAACAUCUUUGAGGGUGCUCAAUUUGUUGUGUUACGCCGCCACAAAAAGCGCUACUGAUCUCAAUAUGGCUUUCACGGCUAAAGCAAGUAAUCUCUCUCAAGACCGAUAUAUAUCUAAUCCAAAAUUAGCUCCAUCUAAUCCAUAUUGUCCAGUAAGCUCGAGAGUAAAUCGUGGCAUUAUUCAAAUUACCGAAAUGGGGUUAUCAACAAUCUCACUAUAUCAAUUGACUAAUCUACUUCGCGAAAAGUACAUUUUUCCGGAAGAAGUCUCCAUUCUUGAUACAAGUGAUAACAGACUUCUCUAUGAUUUUGAUUUUGAUGAUCUUGAAGGCAAAAAACUUACGGAUCUCAGCUUAGGCGAGGGGUCUGUUUUGUUAUUUUCAGAUGAAGAGGGCGAUGGAACAGAUCUGAAAUUCAAAAAGCCCAUUGAAUUCUAUUUUGAAAUUGCCUCUGGUCCUUUGGAAAACGAAAUAUUAUUGCCACAAAUCGAGUCGUCCUACAUUACAGCUAGGAGAAGUCUCCAUGAUGAAACAAGUGAGCAAGAUCUACGAGAACCUCAGGACAAGUCAAAGGAAGACCAAACUAUAAUACUUGAUGAAGACGAAGAAACUGCUCCGGAAAACAAGCGCCUAAAGCGUCCAUUACCAGAAGAAUCAGCUGAUGAAGUAACAGAGGAGAUCAGAAAGAAAAACAAGAUUAGCGAACCCCCCGCUGAAGACAAUGUUAUCGAACUCGAUUAG